AUGGUCCAGCACCUUGUCUUUGGCCUUUUAAAGGCGUCGGUGCCACUCGUGCGUUUGCUCAAAUCCCUGCCGACGCUCCAAGAGCUCGCGUUCAAGUUACAGUUGGAGUGUCAGAUUGGUCUGACGUCGAUGGACCUCCAAGCGCUGCACGUCUUCUUUCACGUCGCCGACACCAACGUGUUUGACGCUGCUUCGUGCUUGGCCUUUGCCGCAACCAAAGCGUUUGUGCUGGAGCUCUAUGAGUUUCAACUGCGCAAGGCCAUUCUUGAGAAAGCGACGAAGCUCCGAGGCAAAGCCGACGUGCCUCGAACGCUCUUGCAGCUGCUUCCGGACGCCACGUCUUCGUUUGAACCGGCCAAUUUGAAUACGCUCGCUGUCGAGAAGCUAGGCCUUCCACACAGCCCGUACUGGGUUCUCCACUGCGUCGUCGGUCGCAUCGCCCGCGCGCCGUUCGAGAAAGCGGCUCUCAAGACGCCGCCGUCGUACCCAUGGGCCGUCUUUCGUCGUCACUUGGGGCAGUUUGUUGCACGCGCUGCGUUCGAUCCGGACUCGGUCGAAGGGGCCCUGCGGUCGCUCGUACGCGCCGACGCAGUGCAAGGGUUCCGAGCCAUUGACACGGACGGCUCGGGCACGCUCUCGGUCGAUGAGUGCACGGCGUACCUCCACGCGCAGCACUUUGCGGGGUUCCCUCGUAGCGUUCUGCGGGAUUUCAUUGCGCGUUUCGAUCGGGACGGCGACGGCACCUUGAAUGUGGACGAGUUCGUGGCCGUGUGUCGACCCAAGGAGCAGUUUGGCCUUCAGGUCGUGACACCCUUUGGCUCGUUUUACAUGGCGACGACGCCGACAACGUUGGUCAAGGACCUCGUCCCCAAGAUCCACAAACGCAUGUUUUGGCUCCAGCACAACCACAUGCUGGGCAACGCCGACAUGAGCACGUCCGGUAAAAUGCUCGUGUCGGUGGACCGGUUUGUGAUUCAGCGACACUUUGGGGCCCUCCCGCUGGAAUACACGGCGAGUGACACGGUACAGACGAUCUUGGUGCCGGGCGAGCUCGUCGUCGUGAUGGAAACGACACCGACCGGCCCGACGUUGGUGUCCAAAGAAAAGUACAUCGGAAAGCGAGUGGCGCCUUUACAGCGGCCGUUGGCGGCAGUAGUCCCUGCACCGGACGUCCCCCUGAGAGCAGAAACAACACCCACUCGCAUUGACGUGGGGGCGGGUCGUCGGCGGCGCCCCCUCAAACCAACGCUGUCGGUGUCGUUGCCACCGGACGUGAGCACGUGGACAACGCUCGACGUCAAAAAGUGGGUUAUCUACGAACUCAAGCUACCGACACUCGCCCCGAAAGUGAGCCAAGUCGACGGCAACGCGCUCUUGGGCCUCGCGCGCGCCCCAGCUGCGCUCGAGAAGACGCUCAACCACACCUUUCACAUCCACUUGCCGCUUCAGCGACUCCAGCUCCAGCAGGCCAUCCUCCGCCUCGUGCCACCUUCGGCCAAGACGAUGCACCAGCAACGAGAGAAGGCGAGGACGAAGGGUGGUAAGCACACCGGCAGCAUGCCGCACCACGCAGACGAAAACCGCGACGAAAUUGUCGCAGAGGUAUCUCUUGACAACGCGCCGAUGGACCCCGCGGCACCAGAUAACCCGGACGACAGCAGCGCAGACGAGGUGGACGACCGAGAUCCAGUCAACCCUACCCCUUCGCCGCCGCUCCGCACCACAUCAAGGUCGGAGGGUUCAGCAAAUGCCACCAACGAGAACGAAGCAGAGGAGCACGAGCCAUGUCCAGACGCUCCGUUAAUGGCACCUUGCUGCAUUGCUCUCAAGGCCGGGGCUUCAAGUCCCGAUGUCGAUGGCUCCAUGGACGAACCGGCGCCGCUCUUUGACGCCCACGACAGUUUGAGUGACGACGACGACGACGACUUGCCGGGCUUUGAGGGGCCUCGUUCACCGAGCAGCGCCGCGUCGUCGGAUGACGCGCUGCCUGUCUUUGAUCCAUAA